ACCUGAACCCCUCAGAGAGCCGGGACUUCAUCGACAGCUACCUGCAGGAGAUGGAUAAGCCCGAUGGCAGUGAUUUCUGUGAGGAUAACCUGGUGGCAUGCACUCUCGACCUGUUUUUUGCUGGGACCGAGACCACCUCCACAACCAUCCGCUGGGCCCUGCUGUUUAUGGCUGUAUACCCAGAAAUUCAAGCCCGUGUACAAGCUGAGAUCGAUGCUGUUAUUGGGCAGUCCCGGCAGCCAGCUCUGGAGGACAGGAACAACAUGCCCUACACCAAUGCUGUCAUCCACGAAGUGCAGAGGAAAGGCAACAUCAUCCCUUUUAAUUUGCCUAGAGAAGCGAUGAAGGACACGGUCCUGGCUGGUUUCCACCUGCCCAAGGGCACUGUUAUACUCCCAAAUAUUUCCUCUGUGAUGACUGACAAGAAGGAGUGGGAAACCCCUCACAGUUUUAAUCCCGAGCACUUCCUGAAGGAUGGGCAGUUCUGGAAAAGGGAGGCUUUUAUGCCAUUUUCUAUAGGUAAGAUCUGCUGCACUUGAUGCUUUUAGCUGAAGCUCUGGG